UUGACAUCGGGAUACAGUUUAUCUCGACGGCUAAGUUGGGGGCCACUUAAGGGAAUCUCGAUGAUGAACCGGAUAAUGCGGUCAGCGUCCUCGGGUCAGUCUGGUGGUAUUAUGAGAAUUAGGGACCACCCAGUGGUGGCCUAGAACAAACAGCAACAAUUGUGAAAUGCCCCACACAAAACGUUUUGCUAGCUUUCGAUCCGGAUAAAGGCGCGUCUCAGUAGAAGUGGGGGCAGCCUGUCUGUGGACCGUUUUAAAUACAGCGCUUGGCAAACGAGGAGCGCCCAGCCUUACCGUGUUGAGAUGUAAUUGCUAUCUAAAAUGAGGUGCUGAUGAGGUACUUCGACCUGGGAAAAUUGGACUGAAAUCCAUACUGUAGAAUUAUUUAUAAGUUUAUCGUGCGCCGUGCAUAAUAUAUUUCUUUUUGUCUUUGCUAGGCAAUUUCAUAACGCAGUUUUCAAUCGAAACAAAAGGGUCUCGUUAAAAUGAUCGGGGCGUUGUUUUGAAAUGAGAGACUCCGCGAUUUUCAGUUACAUGUGUUGUUGAAUAAACAAUAGUAAAUAAAUAUAUAUCUAAACAACAAAUCAAAAUAUAAUAACAAUACAAAUUUACUUCUUGGAAUCUGCAUCUGGCUUCCGUUUUUCAUGAUUUUUUUGGAGGUGCUGAAAUGCAGCCAGCGAUCCCUGCGCUCGCACCCCUCCCCCGCAGCCCAGCACAGACACCAUCGCGCACAGCAGCAGGCAGAGUAGCGGAGCAAGCGAGAGAGCAGAAGGAAACCGGAGACAGCCGUAGCGAGGAGGAAAUUAGGAGGAACAAAGAAAAGCAUGGAUGUAUCAAUGAAAAACCGCCUUUAUGAUGUGUCGGAGAGGAUAUUUUGGCCCUCUGGCAUAUAACGGUGUAUCCUUCAAUGGGCAUUUUUAAUGUGGUGGCUCGAGGAAAGGUACGGCAAGCUGAAAAGGCGGAAAGCUGAUAAUCAUCCGUCUGCAGAUUCUGUGGGCUUGCGAUGGCUCGGGCUGGGAGAUGUAACAGCAUAAAGAAGUAUGUGCCUAUUUCCAUUAUUUCCGUAUUUUUCUUUUGUGGCCUUGUAUCUGGACAAGUACGCUAUUCGAUUCCCGAGGAACUGGAGGAGGGCGCAGUGGUAGGAGAUAUUGUGACAGAUUUGGGUCUAGAUCUACGAAAGAUCUCCACCCGUCGGAUUAAAAUAAAUUCGGAAAGCACAAAACGAUAUUUCAGCAUCAAUCAUAAAAACGGGAAAUUGUGUGUCAACGACAGGAUAGACAGGGAGACGUUAUGCGAGUUUAGUAGCAUUUGUAUUUUGAGCCUGGAGGUGGUUCUGGAGAAUCCUUUGGACGUGUACAAUGUGGAGGUGGAGGUGCUCGAUGUAAAUGAUAACGCACCACAAUUUCCAAGGGACGAGUACCAACUGGACAUUUCAGAAUCGACUUUACCGGGAGCUCGGUUCCCUGUUGAAAGCGCGCAAGAUGCCGAUGAUACUUCCAAUUCAAUACGCCUUUACCGACUCAGUCCCAACGAGCAUUUUACGCUCGACUCCAGCAAACCUUCUCCCGGUAAUAAAAUGAUAGAGCUCGUUCUUAAAAAACCACUGGAUCGCGAGCAGACCCCUUUUCAUCAUGUAGUCCUAUCCGCCGUUGACGGGGGCACGCCCGCAAAAACUGGCACCGUGAAAAUAAACGUGCGUGUGCUGGAUGCUAAUGACAACGUCCCCGUGUUUGACACCUCCGUGUAUAAAGUGAAGUUGCUGGAAAACUCGCCAAAGGACGCAUUAGUCAUAAAAUUAAAUGCUACAGACCUGGAUGAGGGCUCCAAUGGAGAAGUGUACUACUCCUUCAGCAGUUAUACCCCAGAGAGGGUGAGGCAGAUGUUCAGCAUAGACCCUAAUUCAGGUGAGAUCAGAGUGCGCAACCACGUGGACUUUGAGGAGACGAACUCCUAUGAGAUGUAUGUCCAGGCCAUGGACAAGGGCCCAUCAGCUGUAGCUGUACACUGCAAGGUGGUUGUGGAAGUGGUUGAUGUGAACGACAAUGUGCCGGAAAUCGUGUUGUCUUCGCUCUCCAGCCCCGUACGGGAAGAUGCACGGGCUGACACAGUGGUGGCACUGAUCAGUGUAACAGAUCGGGAUUCGGGUAACAACAAGCAGGUGAACCUGGAGAUCUCCCCAGGUCUGCCCUUCAAGAUUAAGUCCUUCAGGAACUACUACACCUUAGUUACAUCGGCCUUCCUGGACCGUGAGACCGUAGCUAGCUAUAACGUAACGCUCAGUGCCACAGAUGGGGGCACCCCUCCGCUAUCUUCUCAGAAGAUCAUUCAGGUGGAUGUGGCAGACGUGAAUGACAACUCGCCGCGUUUCGAGCAGACGUCUUACACCGUCUAUGUACCAGAGAACAAUGUCCCUGGAGCCUCUCUCUGCACUGUCAGGGCCCUGGAUGCGGACGUUAACGAGAAUGCCCGCAUCACCUACACCGUCCUUAAUGACAACAACCAUGGCAUCCCCAUCACGUCUUACGUGGCCAUCAGGGCAGACACGGGGGAGGCCUACGCCCUGCGUGCCUUUGACUUCGAGACUCUGCGAGAGUUCCACUUCCAGGUGAAAGCUCAAGAUGGGGGCGUCCCGCCACGCAGCCGCGUGGCGACCGUCUACGUCUACGUCAUGGACCAGAAUGAUCACGCUCCCAAAAUUGUCAGCCCGCUGGCCAAUGGCACGCGACUCACCGAGACUGUGCUGAAAAACGUGGAGGCAGGACACCUGGUGACCAAGGUCACGGCGUACGACGCCGACACCGGCCCCAAUGCCUGGCUGCUCUAUUCUCUUGAGCAGGUCAGCGAGCCGGACCUCUUCAAGGUGCACGAGCACACGGGCGAGGUCCGCACUACUCGCAAAGUGGUGGAGGACAACUCCACCUUCUUCAGUUUCGUAGUGCUGGUGCGCGAUCACGGUGCGCCCCCACUCUCUGCUACCAUCACUCUCAAUGUGGCUGUGAUGGAGGUCCCGCCCAAGCUGACCCCUGACCCCAAGAAGAUCAUCCGGCCUAAUAGUGCACUCUUGUUCUCCAACGUGACCUUGUACCUGAUUGUGGCGCUCAGUGCAACGACGUUUGUGUUUCUCCUGACCGUGGUGGUGUUGGCAAUCGUGCGCUGCCAUGCCUAUUGUACUCGGCCGGGGUCCUGCUCCCCCUGCUGUGUUUCCCAGAAAGCCCCGACGGAGGGUACUGCCGGCGGUGCUGGAGCUGCCGGGGGUGGGUCGCAGCCCAAUAACAAUGUAGUGUUGCGGCGCGACCUCAAGGUGGAGCCGCACUACAUUGAGGUUCGGGGCAACGGCUCGCUGACUAAGACCUACUGCUACAAGACGUGCCUGACCGCCACCUCAGGCAGCGAUACCUUCAUGUUCUACAACACCGGGGUCCCUGGCGGCACCAUGGGUUCCGAGCGGUUCUUCACCGGCCAGAGUGGCCAGAGCCAGGUGUUCGUCCGCAGACUCAGCAUGCCCGAUGCCUCCAUCCAGCCAAAGCCUCCAAGUGCAGACUGGAGAUACUCGGCCUCCUUAAGGGCGGGAGUGAAAAGUUCUGUCCACAUGGAAGAGUCCUCAGUCCUGCAGGGAGCUCAUGGUGUUUUGGUCCAGAACUGGCCCACUGUAUCCAGCGGAAGUGGAGAUGCUGAGGGGGGUGAGGUGUCCCCUUCAGUUGGUGCCGGGAUGAACACUAACAGCUGGCAAUUCCGCUACGGCCCCGGCCCCGGUGUCCCCCAGCACAUGAAGCCCGGCGAGGUUCCUGAAGCCUUCCUCAUCCCGGGUUCCGGUGCCAUCAUCUCCAUUCGCCCGGACCAGGUGGACGACAAGAAGGACGAGGCCAAGAAGAAAAAGAAGAAGAAGAAGGGCAAGGAAAAGAAGGAGAAAGGGAGAGAUGAUACAGAGCAGUAAGGAAGGUGUGUCUUUAAGCACAGCCAACAAAAGCCCCAACAGCAAGACAAAAAAAUAGAAGCAAAGAGAAUCGAAAUUAAAAGUAAAAACAGACUGGUUCCUCUUUAGCAAUUCUGCGUUCACCAGCGCUUCAGUUCUUAAGCUAGUUUGGGGCAUGUUGUCAAACAGAUCGCAGAUCAUCCUAGAUCCACCACCGCAGUAUAGCACCUUCCCCUAUAACAUGAUUCUUCCUUGAUUAGUAGAGGUCAUUACUGAUGAGCACCUUUGUUGGGUUGUUAGCCUCAGGGUUGGGCUGGGGUGAGGGGGGGGGGAUAAACUCCAGCCUUUGCCUAUGAAGCACAUAUUCCUCAUUCAGAGGAACCUGGAGUCCAAAUUGUUACAACAGCUCAAUUGCAAUGGCUCUCCAGAAGUUCAGGAAGUCUCUACUAUGCUGGCGUUCGUGUCAUAUUCGCAUUAAGGGAGAGCAUAUCAAAUCUGGCAAACAGCUCCCUCCUGUCUCUUGAAAGAUAAUCAGUCUGUGCAAAAAAACAGGAAAGAUUAAAUAAGAGUUAUUGGUAAUUUGUGAUUUUUCUGCAUAGUAACGAAACGGAACUGACACAAAUAAUUUUCUUGUCACUAGCAGUAUUUAAGGUGGUGAUAAAAGAGUCGUAUUAUACUCAAACCCUAAUCCUAAUCUAUGCCAACUACCCAGUAGCGAUCUAUGAUAGUCACCCAUCCUACAUGAAUCAAUAUCCAAACUGACCUCCCUGGACUGAGUCAGCUUCCAUUUUACACCCUCCCUUCAUUACCUUUUCUCCUGUAGCACGACGUUCCUGCCACAGAAACAAAUCACACCUAAACUAUACCGACUUUACACCCAGAAUACAUUUUUUCCUGCAUCAACUGUACACUAAACCUUUCCUACCAUAAGCUAGACUCCUUCUUACCUAAACAAGUGCUGAAUAUUUCGACUGGACUCCAGCUACACGCCACCUGUCUUUAGUCAAUUGGAUCCUGUUGGACACAGGCAGUGGUUAAAAUGCCAAAAAAGAACCACGACACAAAUGCCUUCUCUGGCUCAAUCUUCCAGGAAGGGGGACAUGCCGCUCUUUCGCGGUGAGGGGACAUUAGCAGCCUUGUGGAAGGGAAGUUUCUAGUUAGAUUUUUACUCUUAACAUUUUUUGUGGAAACAAAAUAUUUUAAAAAAUAUCAGUAAUAAAAAUCCAAGGAAGUGACCAGAAGAUUUCUUUUCUCUUAGGAUGAUGGAAAAUCAAGUCUAAGUUAACAAGCCCGUGGCCAUGUUGUGGGCUUUGGUGUAAACUAAGAAUGUUACUCCUGUCUGUCUGCGGCACUCGUCUGAUUCCUGUAUAUGCUUGAAGUGUUCAGUAAUAAUUCCUCUCAUAGCUGCUUAAACUCUCUUUGAACGCUUUCCCUUGUCUCUGGCUGUUUGGCUGCCGUUUAGGGAUUGUUUGGUUAGCAGGCUAGAGGCAGCCCGCCUCCCCUUGGACACCUGGUCACUUUCCCGAGUGCUUCUCUCUCCCACCUGCCCCCUCACAUGACGGACACUUCCUGGGAGAGGGAGAACAAGCCAGCCGUUGUGGCCACAGGAAACCAACGCUUCACUGAGGGUGCUCUCAGCGUGGUGCGCUAAUGUUACAAGUGUUCUGGAGAGGGCUGUACACCUAUAUAUGUCACCAUGGCAGGUCCUGUAACUAUGCGGACUAUGCUAAUCAUGCCCUGUAUCUCAGGGCAAGGCCUCUCCAAAGGAGCAGUUAUGUCUGGCAUUACUUGCACAUGUGAAGGCUAACAGCAGGGGGCAGCACUGCGAGUUUGAAGGACAGCAUAUUUGCUAAUUAAGACUUGUUAACCUUUUAUCCACUAUCCUCAAGCACGGCCUCUUUUGUGAAUCUGUUUUUUGAUCUGCUCCCACAAAUAGAAGGGACAGUGUUUCUGCCUGUAAUGACCACUCCCACAAUGGGAUGAGACGUGUGUGCUCUGCAGCUAUUGGUUUGCAUCUCCAGUGUGCUUGCAGACACUCCCAGACUUCACAGAUCAGUCCUGUCACAUGACCAUGUGGCUCUUGCAUGUUGUAAUCAAAGAAAACACAUAAUAUAGCGGAAUAUAUAGAAAGAGAUAGCGCUGGUUUUUAUUGGAAAUUACUGGGUUAAUUCCCUCCUCCCCGUUAACCAAUGGACAGGUACAUGUAUGUAUUGUCUUCUGAACAAUGUCUACAUAUUACACACACAGGAAUCAUGUAGUGUUUCUCUGACUGAUUUCAGCUAACUUAGAUAUAUGUAUGCUGUAGAAUGAUGCAUUCAAACGCAUUGUUAUUUUUUUUUUUAAUAAUCAUUUUAAUUUGCUUUGAGAAGAAAAGGAAGAGGCUCAUUUUGUGUUUUUUGACAUGAUGAUCUUACUAACACUGUAACGUGUAACUUUACUAUGUAUGCGCUUAUAAAACCUGCCUUUCUCUUCCCUUUUGGAAAACAAAAUAAAACAAAAAAAAAAAAACACAAUGGUAAACAAUGUAUAUGUAAUGUAUGCUAGUGUUUAGUGAACACCUCUGCCAUGCUGCUUGGUGUAUAUACCCGUAUAUGGCAGUGCCAUCUAUCUUGUGGCCGUGCGGGACAGGCGUCAAACCUUCCUGUACACCUGCUCAUCAGCUGUAAUGGUGGCAUAGUGACUUUUUAUUUUAAUGGACACUGUGGUAAUGUGUGUUGUUUAUAAAUCACAAAUAAAGUUCUUUUCUUAAAUAUCUGACGGAAA